AUGGUGGUGAACUCAUUCCGCGGUGCAUCCGAUUCGACGCCACGAGCAGGAGCAGCCGCCGCCGCCGAUCGGAGUCAGCAGACGAGCCGCUGGAACAUGGCGUACGGCGGGGAACCGACGAUCCCUCUCGGGCCAGGCUACGGACCGGCGUUCGACGGUGGCCCACCGAUGGGUCCGCUCUUCCACUCCGUGCACCACCCGCUGAUGGCCGCGGCCGACGGUUCACCGGGUUACGGCACAAAGUUCAGUUCGGGCGGUGCGGAUGCUUACGGUGGCAGUAGUGGCCCCGGAGGCUACGAUUAUCACUCACCACCGAUUGGCCCCUCAGCACCGCACAUCAUACACCACCCGCUGCCACCGCCACCCUUUCUAUCAACGCCCUCGUUUGGGAAGCCGCCGAGCAAGCGCAAGGGAGCGGCACUGUCCGCGCUGACACUGCUGGCGUUCCUGUACUUCCUCAACCUGCUCCAGAACUGCCUGAAGGAACACAUGGUCACCAUGAACCCGACGGUGAUGGUGAUGACUGCGGGUGCCACUCGCCGGAAGGACAUCGCCCCGGACCAGGACCGCAGCGCGGAGCAGGAGGAUCCCCGAGCCGGCAGUGACGAGGCCGCGCUGGUGGACGAGUACGAGGAACUGACCGGGCACUACGAGCUUCUGACGUCCUCCAACCUCACACCCAAUCCGUACCUCCGGCGGACAACGGGGGUACCUUACAAGAAACCGGAAACACCUGUCCGGCAACCUGCCUCGCAGUGGUACGGACCGGACCACGCCGGAAGCGAAACUCGGCGGAAAGUUAAGGUAUAA